UUGGCAUUGAGCGACUGCAGUUGUGUCAACAUCAAUGAUAAGUAUCGUGUAUUCUUUGUAGUUUCAUAUCAACUGACUAAAUGACACGCGCUACAUGUUCAGCAGGAACACAAAGAACACUUUUUUUUUUUAAAUUAUGAAUAGUGUUAUUUCGUGACUACAAUUUGAUUCACUAAUGACUGCUAACUAAGCCAGGGAGCCAUUCAAAACAAUCUGCCAGGUGUAACCAGCAAGCCAAGUUUAAUGUCCGCAGUGUCACGAGACCAAAAGUAUUUAUCGCAUCGAUGAACAGCUGGGAAUGAGCAUAUUAAAGGUGUCAUUAAUUUGCCAGUUAUGAAGACAAGAUUGAAUGUAAUAGAACAGGCUAUGACAGCCUGUAUUUCCCACAUAGCCUAUCCUAAAACGUAAACUCCUCCGAUGACGCGAAAUCUUUGCAGACAAUCUGGCAAAACGCACAGUCUGCUGCUGUCUUAAAAGGUUACAGUUGAAGACAGAAUACACAGAAGUCCCUUAAAUGUCCACACUGAUAACUUAACAAUGGAGGGGCACACUCUGGGUCUUGGCCCCGCCGACAUUAUCUCGGAACUCUGUCACACCGACAUCCACGACCCUCUACCUGUGUGGAGGAAUGGCACCUUCAGUCCAUGCUUCAAUCAACUGGUGUUUGGCUCCGUGCCCUACGCGGCUGUAGCUGUCAUUAGCGCUUGUUAUCUAAGCACGCCAAGAUGCACCUAUCUGGAGGCCCACCGCUCCUAUGGCUGGGGCUUCAGGGCAGCCUCGGCCCUAUUGCUCGGGCUUCUCUGCAUCGGAGACGUGGUGGCAGUGGCCCUACUGCAAGACCCCGAUGUAUACUUGGACGUCUUGGCUGACGGCUGUGCCAUCAUCGCCUGGCUGGUUCACUUCGCAGCCGUGGUGGUCCUGCAGAGGUCUGCCUACAGAUGCACCAGAGGUCCCCUACUACUGGUGGCGUUGGUGGUCCUGCUCAUCCCGAAUCUGGUCAUCACCCUGAUGGCUUACGUCCAGAGCAGCGACUACCUCGACCUCUCGCAGCCCCUGCGGGUGGCGCGCCUGGCUCUGGCGGUGGCUCGAGCGGCGUUCCUCCUCCUCUACCUCUCGGCGUUCGCCGUCCCCUGCGUUCGAGCUCUGCGGGACCCCUUGUCCAUCAACGCCUCUUCGGACAUGUCGUCGCCGCUGCUCCCCCGGGAGGUGAGCGCGGGCGACCUGGUGGCCGAGGACGGGAGCGGCUGUCUGUCGCGCCUGCUCUACCUCUGGCUGGACCCGCUGCUGCGGCAGGGCGAGCGCGGCGAGCUGGAGCGGCCCGGCGACGUCUUCCAGCUGCCCCACAGGCUGAGGACCGCCGCCGUCCAUCGCCGGUUCCGCCGCUGCUGGGAGGACUGCCAGAAGGAGGCGACGGCGAAGUUGGCGUCUAGGACGCGCAGGCGUCGCGCGGAGGCUCCGCAGCCGUCCGGAGGGAGCGGCCUGCUCAACGGCUCCUGGACCGAACCUCAGGAGGACGCGGCCGCUAUCGUCGCCCGCGAGGAGGAGGAGGAGGAGGAGGAGGAGGUGGUCGCGGAGGACGUCAGCCUCCUGAGGGUCCUGCACCGCGCCUUCGGGCUGCGCUACUACUCACUGGGCGCGCUGAAGCUGGCGUCCAGCAUGCUGUCCUUCGCCGGCCCCCUGCUGCUCAGCGGCCUGGUGGGCUUCAUGGAGUCGCCGGCGGCGCCUGCCCGGCAGGGGGCCUGGUGCGCGGCCGGACUCGCCGCCAGCGCGCUGCUCUCGGCGCUGCUCCGCAACGUCUUCGUCUUCCAGGUGUCCAAGGUGUCGCUGGAGGCCCGCGCCGCCGUCGUCUCCGCCAUCUACGGCAAGACGCUGCGCGUCAGCGGCGCCGCGCUGGCCCGCUUCGCGCUCGGCGAGGUGGUCAACUUCAUGAGCACCGACACCGACCGGCUGGUCAACUUCUUCAACAGCUUCCACGAGGCGUGGAGCCUGCCCUUCCAGUUCGCCCUGGCGCUCUACCUGCUCUACCUGCAGGUGGGCGUGUCCUUCCUGGGAGGGCUGGCCGUGGCGAUCCUGCUGGUGCCCCUCAAUAAGGUCCUGGCCUCGCGCAUCCUGGACAACAACAGGCACAUGCUGGCUCAUAAGGACAGCAGAGUGAAGCUCAUGACGGAAGUACUCUUUGGGAUCCGGGUCCUCAAGUUCUACAACUGGGAGCAGCACUUUGCCCAGAAGAUCGGCGAGUGCCGCAAACGGGAGCUCUCCCGCCUGAAGGCCCUCAAAUACCUGGACGCAGUGUGUGUGUACACCUGGGCCGCCCUGCCAGUGGUCGUCUCCAUCCUCACCUUUGUCACCUAUGUGCUGCUGGGAAACCAACUAACGGCAGCUAAGGUGUUCACCACAUUGGCCCUGGUGGGGAUGCUCAUCCUCCCGCUCAACGCCUUCCCCUGGGUCCUCAACGGCACCCUGGAGGCCAAGGUCUCCCUGGACCGCAUCCAGCGCUUCCUCAGGCUCCGCAACCAGGACCUCAGCGCCUACUACAACAAAGACGCUCCUGAAGACCCCCUGUCCGCGCUGGAGCUGUGGCAGGCCACCUUCUCAUGGCAGUCCUCGGAGCCGGACGGCACAACCACGGGCACAGGCCACCCUCUGGAGGGGCAGAGCGCCACGCCAGGGCCUCCCACAGGAAGCCUGUUACUCAGCAGCCUCAACCUCAGUGUGCAGCAGGGCCGGCUGGUGGCCGUGGUGGGGAAGGUGGGCUGUGGGAAGAGUUCCCUGCUGGCUGCCAUCAGUGGAGAGCUUCAGAGGCUCGGAGGAUCUGUGUACGUGGCGGGACGGAGCGAAGGGUUCGGCCUGGCCACCCAGGAGCCCUGGAUCCAGCACGCCAGCGUGAGGGACAACAUCCUGUUUGGCCGUGACUUUGACAGCGCUUUUUAUCAGGCUGUGAUUGACGCCUGUGCGCUCAGUGAUGAUCUCAAUAUAUUGCCCAAUGGGGACCGGACGGAGGUCGGGGAGAACGGAGUGACACUAAGUGGAGGACAGAAGAGCCGUCUGGCCUUGGCCCGUGCCGUGUACAUGGACAAGGAGAUCUACCUGCUCGAUGACCCUUUGGCAGCGGUGGACACGGAUGUGGCCAAUCACCUCAUGGAGAAGUGCAUUCUGGGUGUUCUCAGCACCAAGACCAGAAUCCUUUGCACUCAUCGCAUAGAGUUCCUUGACAGAGCAGAUGUGGUGGUUCUCAUGGACAAUGGGGCAAUCAUUAAAAUAGGCUCACCCAGUGAGGUGCUUCCCUUAGUGGAAGCAGAGCCAAAGGAUCGAAAGAACAAUAGCAACAAAAAAGAGAAGGAUGACAUAGGUCAGGGAGACGAGCAGGAGUCAUCCAAUGAGCUACUCCUGGAGGAGGGGCCUGAGGAGGACUCGGGGGAGGAGCAGAAGCAAGUGGGCGGGCUGGCCUGGUCUGUGUACCGAGCCUACUGGAGAGCUGUGGGUGGGGCUCUGGCUGUGUCCAUCCUCCUCUCUAUCUUCCUCAUGCAAGCGUCUAAGAACGUCUCCGAGUGGUGGCUGUCCCACUGGAUCUCCCACCUGAAGAGCAACUCCACGGGUGUGGGAGCCGACGUGGACCUCCUCCUCCUCCCACCUCCUCACGACUCCCCACUGCUCCUCCUCUUCUCCCCUGGUGGCCUCACGUCCCCCAUGUUACUCAGAGAGACCUCACCUGUGGCCAACAUGAGUUCCGAUGUGAAGUUCUACAUGACGGUGUACGGCUCCCUGGCCGGUGCCAACACGCUCUUCACCGCCGUAAGGGCCUUCCUCUUCGCCUACGGCGGCAUCCGUGCGGCUACGGUCAUCCACAACAGGCUGCUAGACAGAAUCCUGAAGGCCACGGUGACCUUUUUCGACACCACGCCUCUGGGCCGCGUGCUCAACCGCUUCUCGUCGGACAUGUACAUCGUGGACGACUCGAUGCCGUUCGUGCUCAACAUCCUGCUGGCCAACGUGUUCGGGCUGCUGGGCAUGCUCGUUGUCAUGGCGUACGGGCUGCCCUGGCUGCUGCUCCCGCUGCUGCCACUGGGGGCGCUCUACUACCGCACGCAGCGCUUCUACCGCCACAGCUCGCGCGAGCUCAAGCGCCUGUGCAGCCUCACGCUCUCGCCCGUCUACUCGCACUUCUCCGAGACGCUCGCCGGCCUGGGCACGGUGAGGGCCAGCGGGAACGCCGCCAGGUUUGAGGCUGAGAAUGAGCGCCGUCUGGAGCAGAAUCAGCGAUGUCUGUUCGCCAGCAACGCCGCCAUGCAGUGGCUCGACAUCCGCCUCCAGAUGAUCGGCGUCGCCGUGGUGACCGGCAUCAGCGUCAUUGCAGUCAUCCAGCACCAGUUCAAAUCAAUAGACCCAGGUCUGGUGGGUCUGUCCCUGUCCUACGCCCUCUCCAUCACCGGCCUGCUGUCGGGGCUGAUCUUCACCUACGCCCAGACGGAGAUGCAGCUGGUCAGCAUAGAGCGCACCGAGGAGUACAGCACCACCGUGCCCACCGAGCCCCAAGAUGGCAGCCAGCAGGUCCCCCCAACAUGGCCGCAGCACGGUCGGGUGGAGUUCUCCGGCGCCGUGCUGACGUACCGGCCGGGCCUGCCCAACGCGCUGGACGGCGUGAGCGUGGAGGUGCUGCCCGGGGAGCGGGUGGGCAUCGUGGGGCGCACAGGCUCGGGGAAGUCCACCCUCUUCCUGGCUCUCUUCCGCAUGCAGGAGCUGAACCAGGGCCGCAUACGGCUGGACGGAGUGGACAUCAGCCAGGUGGCGCUGUCUCAGCUCAGGUCAAAGAUGGCCGUCAUCCCUCAGGACCCCUUCCUGUUCUCGGGAUCGGUGCGGGACAACCUGGACCCCUGCGGUCGGCACUCUGACCUGCGCCUCCUGGAUGCCCUGGAGCAGUGCCACCUGGACCAGGUGGUCAGGAGGAUGGGAGGUCUGGAUGCAGAGGUGGGGGAGAAGGGAAAGUGCCUGUCGGUGGGCCAGAGGCAGUUGUUGUGUCUGGCGCGAGCCCUGUUGACCGAAGCUAACGUCCUUUGCAUUGAUGAAGCCACUGCGAGUGUUGACCAGAAGACUGACAUGCUCCUACAGAAGACCAUCAGAGAAACGUUUAAGGACAAAACUGUUCUGACUAUUGCACACAGGCUCAACACCAUCAUGGACUCGGACAGAGUGCUGGUGAUGCAUGCUGGGAAGGCGGUGGAGUUUGACAGCCCUGCUGCUCUGUCUCAGAGGGAGGACUCGUUCUUCCACCGACUGCUGGGAGGACGUUGAGCGUGAAGGCCCAAAUGUCCAAGAGCGGACCACGCACAGAUAUACAGACGUUAUUCAGCAUCUAAACUGUGCUGACGCACCUUAAAGUUACAGAUGAUUCGUUACGUGUUCCUGUUGAGGUGUCGGUACGAUUUAUGUUUUACGUAUGACAGAAUGUUGCCCAUGUUGUGGUACCUAGUGAGCUGUUAACGGAUGCUCUACUCAGGGAUGAAGGUUUGUUUUUAGAUGUUGUUUGCUGGUGAUAUGUGACCAGAAGUUCUGUUUGUUUGAGACGAUCAUGUUGUCGUCAAAAGUAAAGUUUGGUCACUGUUUUUAACAAUCCUCCUCCCUGCUUCAUUACUGCAG